GCGGACGAAAGCGGUGCGCGUACGAUAUGCGCAAAGAUUUCUAUUGCAUAAUUUAAAUAAUGUGCAGUGAAGUGAGAUUAAUCUAGUGACAAUGGCGUUUAAAUUUAUUUCUGCUUUAGUUUUAGUGAUCCUAGUUGUAGCUGAUGAUGAUUUACAAGACUUUGAGUUCGCGCAUGAUGAUGAGAUUAUGAUAGCGCAGGAGUCGAGACAUUAUCAAACAGUGGUCAAGCCUCCAGUGAGGAUUGUGAAGCCGCAUGGAGUGACCAAUUCACACAGACCACAGUAUAACAUAGAUUCGUUUGAAGAAGAAGAGCAUGCAGAAACAACGACAAAAAGGAACAUAAAACACUAUAAGUCUUCACAUAAAUUAAGGGCUAAAGAAGGGAUGAUAAGGGAUGCGGUGUUGCGGGCGCUGGAGAGAAAGGAUCAUGUGGGGAAGUUCGCGCAGAUCCUGCCCAUCAUCAGGGCGAUGUCGGGGAACCAGCGGGUGGCGCUGGCGUCGCUGGUGGCGAGCCAGGUCAGCACGCCGCCGGGGCGGCAGCCGCUCAAUCUAUCACAGGUGAGAUCAAUGUUCGGUAACGCCAACGCGACAUCCGACCUCAUGCUCCCCAUUCUCCUAGACAUGGCCAACCUCAUCCGGAAGGCCGUCAGAUCUGGAAAAGAACCCAGGGAAGUCAAGGAACCCCUCACCCUGCCACAGGCACAACUUCUCAGACGCUCAUUCACCGAAGACUCAGAUUCAGAUACACUUCUAGACGACGAACCAUUCGAAUACUCAACCACAAAAGCACCAGAAACACGAUACCGUAGAAUACCUCAAAGGAGAUAUAGUCCUAAAACAAUAAACAAAACAGAUACAGACACUAAAAGUAAUAAAAGCAAUGAAGUUAAGAAGACGAAAGAGAAAAGUGAUAACAUAACAAGAUACACGACGACAGAAGCCCCCUCCACAGUCAGGAACAAGAACGCGACAGAGAACAGCACCAUGGACCUGAUGGCCGACGCGACGAACCAGACUCUUGCGCAAGAUCUGCCGGUGGCUGAGAAGCUAAGGGCGUUGAAUAGGUUUAUUGAUAGAAAAGGAAACCUCAUUCGCCGAGGCACGUUUCCGCCUAAGCCACCUGCACGGCGUGCUACCGCCGAGUCUACAAUAAGCCCGGUCCGAAGACGACCAGCCCCAGCGAGGAAACUGCCUGUGAUCACACCGAGCGAGCAAGCUAAAUGUGAACUGUUCACCAACACGCUUUGCCUACAUUCUGAGGAUUACCCCACAGACGCAAUAAUCCAAUCUAUCCGGCGCAAUAAGGCAGCGGCAGGGGCGCUCCUAGCGGACUUCAGGGACCCCGGGGAAGGCGCCCUGGAUGGUGUCACGGCCGCUCAGGAGGCAAAGUACACGGCGGACCACUAUCUGGUCUCUAACAGACGAGGCGACACAGCUAACAGAGACUUCGCGAGCGCGGGUGAAGCCGGCUUCAUGUGUCCAAGCACUGUGAAGUACGCUCGGCCACAACGAGCACGCGCAACUUCAGGCCAAUGGAAAUAUAUCGUCAAUACUGGCGAGCAUACGCAGACGCUGCGGCUGGAGAAGUGCUUAAAACCCAAGGAAUCGUGUACAUAUUUAACGGACAACUUUAAAUCAAAAUGUGUCCAAGUGUACAACUAUCACAGACUCUUGACUUGGGACCAGCAGAAUGGAUUACACAUGGACAUAUUCAAGGUACCAACAUGCUGUUCCUGCCACAUUGAAGGCUACAGCGUAUCAUUUCCACCACUAGGCCACAGGAUCCACGAAACCUCAGCAGAGAACAUGCCAGUAGAAGAACUGUCCUCAGAACAAGGCAACCACGCCUUCGAAAAUGUACAACCCAGCGUCCAAAGACCCACCGUCUCCAAAAACCCACCGUUCACAUUUAACAAGCCUCUAGAGUCCUUCGCACCAUUCUCUGAUAACCACAACCUAAUAACCGGUACGUCUUUCUCUAAUGCUAAACUUAACGAUGAUGAUAAUAGUAACUUACCUUUGCCAGCAAUACCAGUAAUACCUGUUGUACUCCCCUCUAGCCCUACUGAUUCUUAUGGUAACACUUAUUUCCCAGAUUCCUUCAACCAGGCCACUUCCAUUAGAAACGUGAAACGCCCUCCAAUAUCGAGAAAUCCUGUCAGCACAUUUGACCCUGUCACAUUACCAAGCUAUCUAGAACCUCCGACUCCGUCUGCACCGACGUCGUUUUCUUUCUCAAACGAUAUUUCAAAUAAAUUCAAAAGUACGCCCCAAUUCAAAAGAGGAGCAGGAAGGCCGAGUCGUCGACCAAUCAGGAAGAAGAUAUCCGGUGGUCCGGACGACUUGUCGUCUUCAGCAACGUCGGCGGUAGAAUCAUUUACGGGGAGCAACUUAGAAACUAUGGAAGAUUUCAACGAAGAAAUUGAUGAAGAGGCGACCAAUACUAAUCAGAAAUCUAUCCCACCUAGACAAGUACAUCCUACUAUUGCUCCAAAACUUCACGCUGCUACGAGUGAAAAGACGCCCAGCUUUAACCAACAGGAGCAAAAUAAAUCUGUAAAAGACAAUGUUUCGAAUGGAAAAAGAGUAAAUUAUAAUUACCAUCCUAUAAUAGAUUUUUUUGGCGAAGAAGAAAAAGAAGAAAAUGACUCCAUAGACAGGGAAGACGUGGUAGCAGCGUACCUUCCGUCGUCAGAGUCUGAAUGGAAACCUAUGAAUCACCCACCUUCAAGAAGUUCACAAAACACUAAUCUAGUAGAAAGAAAAAAACAUAAAUAACAGUAUACGAAUAAUCAGAGUUGUCGUUAUAUUUAGUUAGAAGUGUUUAUAUAGACAGUAUUGUAAGUAUGUAUGUUUUUCGUUCUAGGUACUGUUUACUUAGGAAAUGUUACAUUUUUAAGCUACUUCAGUUGCAAUUUAAGAAGCAAUGCAACAAAAAGAGUUCUAUCAAUACGAUUAAAAUACUCAUCAUGAUAUUAGUCCUAAAUUAUUAAGGCCUGUAAAGAUUUUACAACUAUUUAUGGAUGUAAUUUAAUAAUCGGAACUUUAGUAAUGUUGUAUUAUUUAACAAAGUUUUAUUUUUAAGUGGAAGAGGCAAUAUUUAUUACGUGAACAAACGAUGCCAAAUCGAAUCGCAAUGUAAAUUAUUGAUUAGUAGGUAUUUAUUUAAAUUAUUUCUAGUUGCAUUAAUGAUACUCCAUUUGUAACUCACCUUUAGGAGAAGUAAGCUAAUUUAAGACUCAAAAGACUUGCCAGAUAAUAAAUGUGUAUCUUCAA